UUGUACGGAGCUCAGAGGAUCCCUACACGUGACUGAUCUAUGAAAUGGCAGAGAAUGGAACAGAUUGUGACCAGAGACGCAUAGGAAUGAUCAAAGAGCAGCACAAUGGAAACUUCACAGAGUCCUCUUUGAGCGAACGGAAGCGAAGGGACCGAGAAGAGAGGUUGAAUAUUGUGCUGUGGAAGCAACCGCUUGUUACCUUGCAGUAUUUUUUCCUGGAAACUCUAAUAAACUUGAAGGAAUGGACUAUAAAAUUGUGGCACCGGCGAAGCAUCGUGCUGUGUUUUUUACUGACGCUUGCCAUGCUCACAGCUACGUAUUACAUUGAAGGAGCACAUCAACAGUAUGUGCGAUAUAUGGAGAAAAAGUUCUUCUGGUGUGCCUACUGGGUAGGAUUAGGCAUUCUGUCCUCUGUUGGACUUGGAACAGGUCUCCACACCUUUUUGCUCUAUUUGGGUCCACACAUAGCAUCAGUUACUCUUGCUGCAUAUGAAUGUAACUCAGUUAAUUUUCCUGAGCCUCCUUAUCCGGAUCAAAUUAUCUGCCCUGAUGAGGAGACAGCUGAAGGCUCCAUCUCUUUAUGGGCUAUCAUCUCAAAAGUCAGGCUGGAGGCCUGCAUGUGGGGUGCUGGCACAGCCAUUGGAGAGCUGCCUCCAUACUUUAUGGCGAGGGCGGCUCGUCUCUCUGGUGCUGAACCUGAUGAUGAGGAAUACCAGGAAUUUGAGGAGAUGCUGGAACAUGCAGAGACUGCACAAGAUUUUGCCACCCGGGCCAAACUGGCUGUGCAGAACUUGGUACAGAAGGUUGGGUUCUUUGGCAUUUUGGCCUGUGCUUCGAUUCCAAACCCUCUCUUUGACCUGGCUGGGAUAACAUGUGGACACUUUCUGGUUCCCUUCUGGACCUUCUUUGGUGCAACUUUGAUUGGGAAAGCAGUCAUCAAAAUGCACAUCCAGAAACUCUUCGUUAUUAUAACAUUCAGCAAACAUAUAGUGGAGCAGAUGGUGUCCCUCAUCGGUGCUAUUCCAAGUAUAGGUCCUUCUCUUCAGAAGCCAUUUCAAGAAUAUUUGGAAGCUCAGAGGAUAAAACUUCACCACAAAUCUGACAGUGGCAUGCCACAGGGGGAAAACUGGCUGUCCUGGAUGUUUGAAAAGUUGGUGAUUGUCAUGGUUUGUUAUUUUAUCUUAUCUAUAAUCAACUCCAUGGCCCAGAGCUAUGCCAAACGACUGCAACAGAAGAUGUACUCUGAAGAGAAAACCAAAUGAGCUCGGGAAAAAACCCCUUGGAAUGGGUUUUAGCAGACACAUGACAGUUGACACACAUCUUUCCACAUGUCUAAAAAAAAAAAAAAUCAUCAUUAUUCAAAACGGGGGAAAACUUUUUACCAUCAGAUUUUUCAACUAUAACAAGUUUUUAUUUAAUUUGGAAAGUAAUUUGGAUUAUUAGAGCAGACGUUUCAUUGACAAACUUAGAAAUGUUAAGGUAAGGUAUAGACAAAGCUUUCCAGGUCUGAGCUGUGUUACACAGGAUGGGCAACUGGAUGUUAAGGACAAAUGUUGUCCACCCAAAUUACUUCCCAAACUGAUGAUUUAAUCCUCUCCAUCUCCUGAUUUAACUCCUGACUGACCUAAGGGUAACUUUUAAUUUCAAAGGGUGGUGGCCUUUUUUUUUGCUUUUUUUCCAUAACUUUUCAAGCCCAUCAAAAUGUAUAUAAAUGAACAGAGAUUGGAUACAAACUGUUGCAUGUCCCCUCCUGGUAAGGCUUUUCCAUCUGAAUUCUCCAGUGUCCAUUGCAUUGCACGUGCUCUCGGUUGGAAAAGCCACCCUCUUAAACUUCAUGUUAGCAGAGCUGAUUGAUGUCCAAAUGCUGAAAGCUGACGUUUUUUAUUCUGUAUAUUUAGAAUGAAGUGAAGAUAAAACUUU